UUCGAGCCGCCUCAACUGAUCGGAAUUUGAAUGUUUGAAUUGAUCUGACGGUUUUUUCCUUCCCUCCCCCACCCUGCGCUCGCGGGGGGUGGGCGGGGCCGGGCCCUCCUGUGUCCGUGCUGCACGAGAGCCCUGUCCUUAUCCAGCAGCUCCUCCCGCUCAGAGCUGGGAGCGCCACACAGUAUUCCAUCCCCACGUUCCGGAGGAUCUGUCCGUCCAUGACAGGGCCCGGGGGGGAGGGAGAAACCCAGUCAAACCAGUCAAACCUCACAGCUUCAGGGAGGGCUGCCGACCUACCUACCUCCCAACCAGAUCAGGAGGACUUUGCUUUCUUUCUCAGAAGGGCCCCAGUCUCUCAAAACCAACCCCCCCCACCCAAGGAGGUGGCAGCACAGGCCUUGUUGAAUCUUCUCAACCUCGAGGUUAGACAGAUUCUCCAUCAACAAGUGGACUACCCUCUCCUGCUCUGUGCCUUGCAUGUCUUUCUGUUGGCACUUUCUCAGUGGCUCAGCUUGUUCUCGUUUUUUUUUUGUUUCGGUCUCCAGAGGAUGCCUGGCCGUUGCCCGGAGUGUGGCUCCUCUGAGGUGGUCGAGGAUUCCCACUACAGCCAGAGCCACCUGGUGUGCACGGAGUGUGGCUUCCUGCUGACCGAGGGGCUGCUCACCACCACACGCUCCGAGGAGACUUUCUCCCAAGCAGUGAGAUAUAGUGAGAGCACUGCAGAGGUGAAAAAGCCUUGCCGCAACCUGAUACAAGGUCAGAAGAGGGUACACGACCUGUGUCGGAUUUUGCGAGUACGUCCAGUUGUCGAAGACACAGCCAGCGAGCUUUACCUGAAAGCGUAUGAACAUCAAAGCUUCCUGCAUGUCACUCUGGAGAAGAAAGAAGCCUUGGUGGGCUGCUGUGUUCACAUCUCCUGUCGCCAGCACAAUUGGCCUCUGACCCUGAGUACCAUCUGCUCACUGCUUCACGUGGAGCCCACCCUGUUCUCAACUGUCUACCAGCACCUGCUGAAAGAGUUAAGAUUGGAUAUUCCAACUCUCAGCCUUCUGGAUCUUGUGAAAACUCACUGUGAUGGUUUUAAUUUGUUCCAGAAUUCUGCAUCAAUCCCAUCUCAGUUUCUGGAGAAUAAAGACAAGGUGGUGGAACGUGCCAUGCAGCUUGUGGAGUUGGCCAGUGAGACGUGGCUAGUGACUGGGAGACACCCAGUGCCUAUUAUCACGGCAGCUGCUUACCUGGCCUGGCAGUCACUGCUACCUGGACACCGUCUGAAGUGCAGCCUCGGAAAGUUCUGCAAGUUGGCCGGAGUCAGGCAGCCCCCACCUGCCUCUCAGCGGGUGAAGGAAAUGCUUGACAUUCUAGUCACACUGGCAUCACAACUGGCCUGGCUGGUCCCACAGCAGCUUGAUGCCAAGACUGUGGUGAAAUACACCGAUGAUAUUCUCCGCCACCGUACCCUGUUACUCAGGCAAACGCUAAGUCUCGCGAGUACAGAAAACACAGAUAGGCAGACAGACCCAAGUGAAGGAACAGAAACUAGUGGGGAGGCUGAGGCUGGGAACAGUAGUGGGGAGAUGGUACCCUCCCUUGUGGAGCACCUAGGAGAUGUGUCAAGGCGGAAGCGCACAAUGCCAAUCUUCCUCCCGCCAUGCCUCAAACAAAGGAAAUGGAAGAAGGCAUGCCCAGAAGCAGAGACCACCCUCCACACUGAGCCAACCACUGGAGAGGAGGAGAUAUCUGACAGUGAAAUUGAGCAGUACUUGAGGACGCCCGAGGAGGUGGCAGCCUUCAAGUCAGCACGUGCCAUCCUGUAGAUGGCACUCCCUAAUCACUCACUCAAUGAUGCUGGCAGUGCUUGUUGCAGAGAAGCAGAGCCUCUUUGUGCUAUGUCCAGAGUGUCUGAGAUGAAUGAAGACCGAAAGCUACCACACUCCUGCUCGCUGGUAAAUUAGUAUGUUGUUGCUGUGCAGAAGGUGUUUUCAGAAUGUCACUCUCAUUGUAGUUUUUUUUGUCCCCCUCUACAGUUUUAAUUUGUUAAUUGUAAAUUGGACUGAUUAGAGUUAUGUGCAUUGUGCAAUCUGGUGCCAGUAGAUAUUAAAUUUCCAGUGGGACUGCCAGUCACUGAAUUCAAUAGCCAGAAAA